AUAUGAGACAGAAUUGGAAAGAUGAAAUUCACGUGGUCUGUCUGGAAGUUCUGUGGAUGAUGAAGGCAUUUUCGGUCGUUAACAUCAUAAUUUACUUGAAGGAACAGUCUAUAGCCUCCCCUAUAUGCUUUCUGAGUAUAUCUCUGAUGUGAUAUGAAGGGCAAGUUGCCACUAAUUCAAGCAUAUCUCAUGUAGGGAGAAAUGUCUGCCAUGCUUGUGUCUCCGUAUGUACUUUUUUUUCCCUUUAUUUUGUGAAAAUUCUUCCAAACUUACAUACAACGUUAAUUGGUUAAUUGAAGAUUGCCUAGAUCUUAUCCUUCUUAUCUCGUGCAUUGAAACACUCUUCAGAAUGAAUCUCCUUAGUAUCUUUACACGGAUGCUUGUACAAUACCCGUAUUUUGUGUUUCAAGCUACAAAGAAGAAUUUCUUGCACUGGCACGUGGAUAGUGGAUUUAUGUGUACAUUGUUGCAUAUAAAAGCAGGUUGAAACCCAAGAAGCUAUCUCAAGAGUGGUGGCUAUGAUCACCGAGCAACUGAAAACUUUGGGAUAGAUAGCCACCCCUUAGCCAAUGGAAUCAAGUCCAAGGUUAGAUGGUUAACCAUACAGCUGGAAUCAGACUUAAAAAUAUAACUUUGCCACCCCCCAGAAUCUUGUCCAUGAACAGCUUUGAAAAAGAUACUCUAUUUUGACACCAUUUGUGUAUUGAUCCAAGAUAUUCAUCCUCAAAGGGUGAGAAAAUUCUUAUUUUAAUAGGCCUUCUUUGUAUGAGUGAAGGGUUAUAGGCAUGGCUACUCUUAUCAGCAACUUCUGCUUUAGUGCUUUGUUCUUAUUGUUCUGUUCGCUUGUCCUUGCACUUGGGCAGAACUUGUUGAGCUGUGAAACUACGUCUUCUGAUGCUUCUGGCUACCGUUGUAAUGUUUAUGGAUCGCAGGAUCGGUGCAAGACAUUUGCCGUUGUUUCCACUAAUCCUUACUUCUCUUCUCUCUCCAAUUUGAGUUUUUAUUUGGGUUUAAAUCGGUUUGCAAUUGCUGCAGCAAAUGGUUUCUCUGCUGACACAGAGUUUCUUCCAAAAGAUCAGCCUCUGUUGAUACCAAUCGUUUGUAAAUGCAAUGGUAGUUUCUUUCAGGCUGAAGUGACCAAAACAACCAUCAAGGGGGAGAGUUUUUAUGGCAUUGCUGAGUCCCUGGAGGGCUUGACGACCUGCAGAGCUAUCCAAGAGAAGAAUCUGGGCAUCUCACCUUGGAAUCUUGGUGAUAAAACUCGAUUAUUGGUACCACUUAGAUGUGCCUGUCCAUCGUCAUCUGGAGUUGGUCUAGCAACAAGAAUCUUGCUCUCUUAUCCUGUAAGUGAAGGUGAUACAAUCUCAAAUCUAGCCAUUAAGUUCAAUAUUACACCAGAAGCUAUUAUAUCUGCGAAUAAUAGAUCAUUAGCAAACUUUAAACCUGGAAGCCUUGCACCUCCUGCAUCUCUUUUGAUACCACUUAACAGUGAGCCUGCCCUUGGUCCCCUUGCAAAACCACGGGAACCCAAUCCACGUUUUCCUGAAAGAAGCAUCCCAGUAAUUAAUCCACAUAAGAAAAAGUCCAAGAUGUGGAUAGUAGGAAUUUAUAUUGCUGUUUCUGGGGUUGUAGUUGGAGCGAGCAUUGCCAUUGCAGCAGCCUUCUUGGUUAUCCAACUGAAGAAGAAGAAGCAGAAUUCGAACAAGGAUGGAGAUCCGGAGCUUCAACAGCUUAGUUUAAGUGUAAGAACCACGAGCGAGAAGAAAGUCUCAUUUGAUGGAUCCCAGGAAGGUCAGAUCAUUGAUACCACACCCCGUAGGGUGCUUGUGGAGACUUAUUCUGUAGAGGAGCUAAGAAAAGCAACUGAAGACUUCAGUUCAAGCAAUCUUAUUGAUGGCUCUGUAUACCAUGGUCGUCUAAAUGGGAAGAACUUGGCAAUAAAGCGCACGAAUUCAGAAUCUAUAUUGAAGAUUGAGUUCGGGCUUCUCCACAAUGCCACACGCCAUCAUCUGAACAUAAUUAGGCUGUUGGGGACAUGCUUAAGUGAUGGACCUGAUUCAUUUUUAGUGUUUGAAUAUGCUAAAAAUGGGUCUUUGAAGGAUUGGCUUCACGGUGGAUUGGCCAUGAAGAACCAGUUCAUAGCCUCCUGCUAUUGUUUCUUGACAUGGAAUCAGAGGCUGAAGAUAUGCCUUGACAUAGCAGUGGCCUUACAGUACAUGCAUCAUGUCAUGAACCCAAGCUAUGUUCAUAGAAAUGUAAAGAGUCGGAACAUCUUCUUAGAUGAAGAAUUUAAUGCAAAGAUUGGGAAUUUCGGCAUGGGAAGGUGUGUUGAUGACGAUGCAGAGGACCAAGAAUUCCAUUCUACUAAUCCUGCCUCAUGGAGUCUGGGGUACUUGGCUCCAGAGUAUAUUCAUCAAGGCAUAGUUUCUCCAAGCAUGGACAUAUUUGCUUUCGGGGUAGUCUUGCUGGAGGUGAUAUCAGGGAAAUCACCAAUAACAAGACCUGACAACAAGGGGGAAGGAAGUAUUUGGCUCUCAGAGAAAAUCAAGCCCAUACUGUCAUCAGAAAAUGCAGAUGAGCUCAGGGAAUGGAUGGACAAUUCAUUGGGAGAAAAUUAUUCGUUCGAUACAGCUGUGACACUGGCCAAUCUUGCACGAUCAUGUGUGAAUGAAGAGCCUUGUUCAAGACCAAAAGCAGGAGAAAUUGUGGAGAAGUUAUCAAGGCUAGUGGAAGAAUCACCGGAAGGAGAGCAAAUUUUAAUCAGCGAAAGCUCAUCAAAACCUCUAGUAACGGCAGCAGCAACCAGUCUGUGAAUAAUAACAAGUUCAAAGGAUCCAAAAGCAGCAGGCACCAGUAAGGAAUUCCAGUUCUUGGUUCGUUUUAGACUCUUGAUGAGUGGGAUAAAUAUUGUAAAUAUUUAAUCAAGAAAAAGAGUGAACAAAGCAAGCAACUCUCUACACUACUCUGUAAUCUGUUUCUGCUGCUGAAAAAUAAUAGAACCACAUAUAUUGUAUUUUAUAAUUCAGGAAUAUCAUAAAGAUUGAAAAGC